AUGGAACUACGAUCCUACAUCAGUAAUGAUCAGAAAAGAGCGCUCCAAUUUCUCCUCACCUAUUUGCGCAAACGUGGACCGUUUAUAAACUGGGAUAUACGACCAGGAACAGACGAGGUGAUGUGCCGGUAA